AUGCAGCCAAACCACUGCGACCCUCUGGGUCAGGUGCGCGAACCUAGAGCCGCAAGUCAACUGAUGCGCGAUGGCCAGCCGCGAGAACAUGGUCAGCCCCGCCCGUCCGGUGCAGCACCCAUGAGAUCUGAAGAUUCAUGGAUCGAUGUUUCAUCCCAGCCAUCAUCUUCAUCACUAUCCUCGGCCGCCACAAACGAGGAUAUUAUCACAACCGGUCUUCGGGUGGAACCCGAAGGGGCUGGCAUGUAUCAACACCGUCGUCGGCGACGGCGCAUGCAGCAUCUCGCAGCGGUAGCCACCGCUCAUGUUGACUAUUCAUCGUGUGAGGCGAGCUUGGCAAGCAGCAGUCAAGAGGAAUACGAGGAGAGUGAAAGUGAUCCCGACCCAAACAUGAGCAGCUCCAACGAGGAGAUCCGUCGUCCAACUCUGCAUGCUCCACGAUCGGUGCCCUCGAUCCAGUCCGACGCAGCUUCUAGUGAUGAUGAAGACGACACUUCUACUGCGUUAGGGAUGGGAAUUAGUCCAUCGCCAUUUGUCCCCCAACCGAACGUCUUUAGCCACCCACCACUCACCAGUGAUCCCUCCUGGACUCGCCCAAGCGAGUCCCGCCGGUCUCAACCCAGUGUCUUAUCUAACGCGAGUCACCGCACUGCUAUUCGGCGAGAAUCAUAUCCUUCUGGCCGGCAGUCUCGCCGAUCUCCGCAGUCUCAGCACAGUCCCUAUAACAUGAUAUCACCUUCUCAUCAUGCGGAUCAUGAUGCUGCCCUUCGAGCCAGUCUAUCUACCCUUUUGUCAUGUGCAGCUGCCGCUCGUGGUCUCCCCAAGCCAGAGAACCAACGGCCUCAAGCGUCCACUCCUUCUCGCCCUGUCCAACCAUCCUCAUUCCGACUUGUUGGCGAGUCUGUUGCCAUGGGAGAAGACAGCGACGAUGACCACGCUCCCUCACCACGAUUUGCAGAGGCUAGUCCCUCGAUUGAACCACUUCGUCGUGAUCCUCGCUCCCCCAUGCCACCAUCUGCGCCAUCUGGCAAGACCAAACGACGGUCCACCUCCCCCAAGGAUCGGAGUUCCACGUCUAAGAAGAGCCGGCGUGCGAGCCUUACGGAUUCGACUGCCCCUGUCAGCCCCACAGUUAUGACCUGGGUUAUCAGUGCUGGCGUGGUCGUCUUAUUCUCGGCCAUCAGCUUUUCUGCGGGCUAUAUGCUUGGCCGAGAGGUUGGCCGAACCGAGAUGGGCAUGAUGGGGGAUGGUAGUGUCCCCAGUGCUCGUUCCUCAGCGGCAUGUGGCCAAGAGGCAGUUCGAGGUGGCCUUAGACGACUACGUUGGGGUACAGCAGCGGCUGGAUCUGCGAGUCUGGCCUAA